GCAUGGUUGCGUCGACUGCGACGGCGACGACGACGACGACUCCAACGACGACUCCAGCAACAACGAUGGAUGAUGACGAGUGUUUUGGGCGUUUGGGUUUUUGGCGCACAUAUAAAAGGGUUGGCCAUCUCGGAGGUCGUCCACAUUGCGGUGGCUACUUUUCAAGCUCAACAACAACAGAAACAGCAGCAGCACAAAAACGAAAACGAAAAUAGACAAUAUACGAAACGGUUUUUCCUUGUGCCUCUUUAGAUUUCCCCAUUUUUUAGUUUAUAUAUAUUUUUUUGCCAAUUUUUUUGUCGGUGAAGUGUGAAAAUGAGAAUCAAGUUAAUGCCAAUAUUGUGGCUGUUGGGCUUUGCGGCAGCAGCAGCAGCAGCGGCAGCAUCUUCCCCUUCAGCAACAUCUGCAGCAGCACCUGCAGGAGCAGCAGCAGCUGGGGCAGGAACAAAACUGAAAAGGGAUGCUGGCCUCAGCUUUGGCAGUGGCCUGUAUCAUGGACCAUCCCAUAAAUAUUUGCCACCUAGUUCCAGUUCGCAUGGCAUAGGACAUGGCUAUGAUUAUGCCUUGGGCCUGGGCUCCAGCAAUGGCUAUGAUUUUGGUCAUCACCUGGAUGCGGUUAGCUAUCAGCAAACACGUCCACACUAUCCACAUCAACAUCAUCAUCACCAUCAGCCGCAGCAGCAGCAGCAGCAGCAUCAUCAUUCCUCAUCUCUGUCCCAUCAUCCGAAAGUGGAGACUUAUAUUGUCCAGACGAGCGGCGGCAGUGGAGGCAGUAGCUAUGCUAGCUUUGGUCAUGGUCAUGGUCAUGGUCAAGGCUAUAAAUAUGCAGCUCCUCACUCGAGUGGAGGCAGCGGCGGCGGUUCGUAUGUUCAUCUCUUAAGCAGUGGCCAUAAAUUGCCCGGAUCUGGCACUUAUUUGCUAGCCACGCCCACAGCUGAUUACUAUGCCGCCUCGCAUCAGGGUUAUCAUUCGAGGCCCACAUCCUAUGGUACUCCAGGACGCUUGAGUUUGGGUCAUAGCUCCAGUUUGGAACACCAAUUGGCAGCCAUUGCUGGAGCUGGAGAUGAGCAUCACUCUGGCUCUGGCUCCGCCAAUGCAGUCUCUUCCGUAUCGUCUGGAUCAUCCGCAUCCGGUUAUAGCUAUGAGCCACCAUCGAUACCCUUUGGCAAGAUACCAACCCUGACCACCAGCUAUGGUGUGCCUCUGUUGCCCGGCUAUGAGCAUCAGCCAUCGUCGUCGCACUAUGAUGAAUCGCUGCCCGAACAGGAUUUGGAUGCUGAAUUGCCCAGCCAUUCGCUGCACACGGAUUCGCAUCAGACACCCGCCUAUGCCCUGGGCCACAAGGGUUUGGGCCAUUUCACCUAUACGGCGAGUAAGCCACAUGCCCUCAAUACCGACAUCCAUGGAUAUUCGCAUCCGCUGCAGCAUCCGCUGCCAUUGCAGCUGCCUCUGGCUUUGGGCCAUCAUCAGGAGUUGAGCAAGGCUCCGUUUAAGCCAAGCGCGUUUUUGGGUGCCAAACAUGAGGGUAGCUCCAUUUCCAGUUCCAGUUCGAAUUCCAUAUCGGGCUAUGACUAUGCCACGCCCACAUCUUUGGGCUAUGACUAUAGCCAGCCGCAACCUGGUCCACUUUAUGGUGCUCCUGGCCAAUCGGGAGAUUCGGCCACACCCAUUUUUGAACCAGAGGCCACAUAUCUCCCACCAGCCACGCCCACACAUGGUUAUCACUAAACAUCGACUCUAGAUUUAACUGUUAAUAUAUAUAUACAUAUAUCUAU